AUGGUUUCCAAAUUACUUCUACAAACUUCCGCUUCUCAAGUCAUCACACUACCUGAUGGUCGAGAAAUCGGCUAUGCAACAUACGGGCCUCCACCAUCAUCUGAAAUCCCCACAAUAGUUUAUUGUCAUGGUUUUCCAGGUUCCCGCUUUGAAGCCGCUUUCAUCGAGAACAAAGGGAUUGCUGUCCACACAGUCGCUAUUGAUCGACCGGGCAUGGGAUUAUCCACCUUUCAGCCAUCUAGACGAAUUAUUGACUGGCCUGCCGACGUGCUAGCUGUCCUUGAUCACCUGAACAUCUCUCAAUUUUAUGUAAUAGGCGACUCUGGAGGGUCUGCCUAUGCACUAGCAUGCGCGAAAGAAAUUCCACCGCACAGAUUACUACGAACAAGUGUGGUGGCUGGAUUAUAUCCACUUACACUUGGAACUCAGGGCAUGUCUAUACCUGCUAAAGUGUUGAUGACUGCGGCGAACUGGCUUCCUUCGUCUGUGAUGGCGAAGUUAUUGGGUUGGGAGUUUGGAACCGUCGUUUGGAAUGAGGAUCAGGAGGCUGCUGAGGAGAAAUUCAUGAAAGUCAUGGAAGGGAAAGCCAAGGAAGAUGUCAAAUGCCUAGAUGAUUUGGAGUUUAGGUACAUUGUGAUUGAAAGCAUGAAAGAGGCUUUCAAACAGGGAAGUCAAGGGCCUGCGUGGGAUUUGGGUCUAUAUGGGGACUGGGGCUUUAAGCUGAAGGAACUCAACGGAAAGCGAAUUGAUCUGUGGCAUGGCAAGAAAGAUGUGAAUGCGCCGUUUUUGAUGGCUGAGAAGGCGGCUGCUGUGCUGGAAGGUUGUGACUUCCACGGCUUGGAAGAAGAGUCACAUCUGAGUCUGCCUUAUAAUUGUAUAGACAGUAUUUUAGAAAACUUGGUACAGCAAUGA